AUGAACGAGGCUGCACCGUGCAGAGCUUCAGCUCACCCGCUGCAUGGAACAAGGUCCCAAUGCUCUAGUAGUCAAAUUCUACUCGGAGUCGGGAGGAGAAGCGUUCAGUAUACACGUGAAUCCCCGAUCAUCUAUCAGGUCCUGCUCAUACUUGGUGUCGCGUCGCAGGGUGGGACCAGUAUCACGGGGUCGCGUCAACUGAAGGGCGAGUCAGAAGGCUCGGAGGUGCCGGUGAACCCCCGCCACUUCCGCUCCACUCCCCUGUGUCCCGCCGGUGAACCACUUAAGGACCUCUCUACUGCCAUCCCGCUUCAUUCCCUUCCACUCCCCGCCAGUAUGCCCGCAAUCCAAGCGAGCUCGUACAGGACGCCUCCACCUGCCUCUCCCCCACCCUUCGACGUUCCAAAAUUUUCAAUCGCAAAGUCAGACCCUACGACUCGUCAAGCUUCCCCAUCUGCGCAAGAGAAGUACAUCGCGGACGUAUUGAUCAAGUACGGCUGCCUGUGGGAGGAUCAUGCGCAUCACAUCCGUGUCAAGGGCUUGAAGACCCCCGCAGGCUUCAAAGGGAUCUACGACAGAGCCCUCGCUCGCUGGAUCUCCGACCCGCAGUAUUCACAGUGGCUGGGCCCCAGGACAUACCCGGCAGGCAGGGAAGAAUGGCUGCAUUGGAUCGACGGUGUGAUUAAUACCGCAGGCAAGCCAAUCGACGUAAUGACUAUCGAAGAACAUUGUCUGGCUGGUUUCGCUGCGUGGGGGGCAUCUAUCUACGUAUCCUGCAACGAGUAUAAACCGACAGUCGAGGGUGGCAUUGACAAUGUUACAUGUUCCUCUAUAGUCAAUAAGACAAUUGGGCCGGAUGUGGAGCUAAAGUCGAUCAUCGGUGCAAGUGCCGCCCUGGUCGGGACCACCUACACCUACAAGGACCCGAAGACUCAGCACCCGCGGACGUGUACCGUUACCGGCUACUCUUCGACGCUGCCUGGCGUCGAGUACACCGUCCAGUAUGACGAUGAUACCGCAAUGUCAGGCGCGAAUGACAAGAAUCAGACGAUGAGCGACGACGACUUCGAGCAGAUUUGGGACGCACGCCUAGAGGAAUGAAUACCGUGUUAUGUAGGGUAAAGCACCUUGGUAGCGGUUCUUGCCAUUCAACCCAACCCACACGUCGCAUUCACGUCUUCCGAUCGAGUAUGUAUUAAUGCGUGUGCGCCACACUCGGCCGACUUGUAAAGUGUCGAAAUGGUUGGUG